AAAUUCUGCAGGUCUGAAAGUAAAAUCCCUGAAGAUUUCUACUGCCUGUACUGAAAUGUGUCUUCCACUUGUGGCGUGCUGUUCAUGAGAGAAACGGAAUCCUGUCUGGUCCCAGUACAUCGGAUUGUUCCAUGAAUUGCAUUUCUAGAGGCUCCCAUCUCUGUGUUGUCUAACUGCUGAAUUUGUUGCAAGUGUCAGAAUUUUAUCACUUCUGGUAAAUCAGGAGUGCUGCAUGGCUCCGGGAGGCUUGGGGAAAAGGAAAUCUGGAAAGUGAAGAUAAUGCAUUUUACCUGGUGUCCAAAGGCCUGUUUCUGUGGGCUUGAAUCUGAUUAAGGCCCUGUCUUCUGAGCUGGCAUUUGAAAGCUGUUUAUAAAACAGUAGCAAAAAUGAACAAUAAAGUGGGCUAUUUGAUAAGGACAAUCAGACAUUUGCAUGUAUGUGGUUCUAAACUGGGUCCCAGCUUUAGAACUGCAAUGAGGACAUACACAUUAGGGAUCAGUAGACAUAAGAGUGCCAUACAAAGUGUGAACCUGAGAGGAUUCCUGUUAAAUGUUCCUCCUUGCCGGCUUGAAUCAUCUCUCCGAUUGCUGUCUCAGGGGGUGCCUGUUUAUAGUAAAGGAGAUGCCACUGCACAAGAACAGAAUGCUACAAAGACUCUAUUAGAUGAACAUGUGCAAAAUUCAUCUAGUGCCGUGGACCCUCUAGAAGAAGAUAGAAGUGUUGUUGAAGAGAAUCUGGUAGUGAAGAGUGAAAGGAGUCAGCCACAGCAGUUCUUUGAUGACCUUAAAAAAUGCACAUCUCCCUGUGAUGUAUUAGACCUAGUUUCAAAGUCUGCUAUUUCUGAGAAGCAUUGUAGUAACUGUUUUACUACUAUGUGGAUGCUCACCAAAAAGCUGUCCGAAGACCAGAAGCAUUAUGAAAAACAACUGAUGGUCGAGCAUCCUGCAUUUAUGCAGCUAUGUCAGCGUCUGAUGCAAGAGUCCAGGAGCAUGUGGUGUGAUGACUUGGUAUACAGUCUACAUGCUGUGCUGAAGCUAGGGGUACCCCAGAACACUCGACUGGUUCAGACUUUGCUGAGGGUCUGUCAGGAGCGCCUCAAUGAAUUUGAUGACCGAUGUCUCUCUGUUGUGGCAACCACCUUGGUAACCAUGGAAAAAAGCAGAAAUGUGGAUGCUCUUCAAGCUGGAUUACAGUUACUGGUGGAGCAGCGAAUUCCAAAGAUCAGUAACAUUUUUAUGUUGCAAAGCAUGAUGAAAUGCUUUGGGAAAGAUGCCCCACUCUCUCUCAAAAGGAAAUUUGAGGAUAGAGUUUUGAAAGAGCUGGACCACUUGACUCCUCUGAAUGCUCAACACAUGUUUAGUGCUCUGGCUGCGAUGAGUUACUGCUCCAUGCCAAUCCUAGAUGCCUCGAGUAACAAAAUCAUCGAGAGUAUCCCUGGUAUUCCAUUUUGGCAGCUAAUCCGUGUUCUGAAAUCAUGCAGCAUCCUCCGGUACCGCAAUGUAGUUCUGUAUUCGGCAAUAGCAAACUACGUGACUUCAGCCAUCUACAUGUGGGACACUAAACAGAUUGUCCUGUUUUUGUCUGCCUUCGAGGGACUUCGCUUUCGACCUGUUGAGCUGAUGGAUAUUUUGGCUGAGAAGGUGACAAGUCAUCCUGAAUCCCUGAACCUGAAGGAUCUUCUAUGUGUUCUCCGCGUGUAUUCGCUUCUCAACCAUGUUCCCAAAUGUCAAAAUCAGGAGUUCCUGGAGUCUCUCAAUGGUGCCGUGAAUAAGUACCUCACCAGGAUUUCUAAUGUGGAUCUGCUGAAGGCAGUGUAUUCAUUUUGCAUUUUAGAGUAUUUGCCACAGCCUGCACUUAGUCAGCUCCUGCAAGAAGACAACCUCAAUGAGUUACUAAAAUCAGAUGGCCUUAACAAGGAACAGAAUGAAAUGAUGCUGCACUGUGUGAACAUGUGUCUGGAACUUGAUAGUCCUCCUUCAUUCACUAAGCCAGCAACUAUGUUUAUAAAGAAACCCUCCUCACCUUUGGUUUCUGAUCUCCCUGAGGUUCGUGAGGCUCUGCUGAAACUUCUGGGAGAUGAGCGUAUGUUUCAGCAAAACAUCCAACUGCCACAUGAUUACAACAUUGAUUUUGAAAUCAAAAUGGAUGCAAACAGAAAAAAAGCGCUUCCAGUAACUGAAGUAGAUGAUCCUGCUGAUGCUCCAGAUGUUCAAAGAGUGGCUGUUCUCUGUGCUCCUCCGUCUGCUUUCUGUUUUGGCACAAGACACCCCCGAGGCAAGUUGGCAAUGAAAAUGAGACAUCUGAAAGCGCUGGGCUAUCAUGUGAUACUGGUCCACUACCAGGAGUUUAAAAAACUGAAGAACGAAGAAGCAAUUGAGUGUUUGAAGGGAGAAAUCUAUUCAGUUGAUGCUUUUCCUGUUUCUGAUGUGAAUUUGCAGGAUAAUAUUUAAAAUGGACUGGGAACUUCAGGUCCCCUGCUUUUUUCCCAUCACAGCCAUUCACAAGAAGAAGGAAACAUUUUCAUAUAUUCCUGAAAAAUGCCUCAAGACAUUGUACCCUGUAGAAAGUUUGUAAAUUCAACUAUAUCUACUGAAGGAGUUCUUUAGCAAUAGAAGCAGUUACUUGCUAAAGCUCCUUAAACAAUAAUUGACUUUAAAAAAAAAAAAAGGAAAGAUGAGAUAUUUUCAACAAUUUUUUUUUUUUUUAAAUUACAUAUAGACUACUCCAAUGGGCUAAACUUCUCAUGUGUUCUUGAACUGGGGAAAUGUGACAAUCUUUCAGAGCAGUUGGGAUCAUGACUGCUCUCACUGUAGUGAGAAUGGAACAACAUGCAUCAAUCUGUCAUUAGCUUUCAGUAAGAACUCCAGCCAGAAAAGCAGUAAAUCAUUAGAUAUUGACUGGAGUGGAAAAUUGAAACUCCCAAAUCUCUGGACAAGUUUGUAACUCAAAAAAUAAUGUUCUCGUCUCGUUUUCAGAAGUCUGGGACAGCAAAUGAUUCUAUAUGCUCCAUGCUUUUUCUUCAGUCUGAAGCCUUUCCCCCUGUUAUAAAGUGCUCUGAGACUCAUAGAUGUAAGAUCCUGUCCCUCGUAUAAAUUGCCUUGUGAUGUC